GGCUGAAACACUCCAUUACCCACAACCAGUCGCCUUCCUCUCAAAUGCACAUGCGCAGUCGUUUAUUCUACUCUGGACAGCUGUAGGAGAAAAUGGCAGCACUCAUGCUAGGACAGCAGAUUCGUCAGCUCAGCACGUCUGUGGUCAGACCUGCAUCGAAACUGGUGAAGCCCCCCAUCCAGGUGUAUGGAGUGGAGGGCCGCUAUGCCACUGCUCUGUUCUCAGCGGCCAGCAAGCAGAGCAAACUGGACCAAGUGGAGCAGGAGCUGGGGAAAGUCUCUACCCUGAUCAAGGAUCCCAAGCUUUCAAGCAUUGUAAUGAAUCCCCAUGUUAAGCGCAACAUCAAGCAGAAGACCUUCGGAGAUGCCCUUACAAAGGCUAAGGUUUCAACCAUCACCAUCAACCUCAUCAAUGUUCUGGCUGAUAAUGGUCGUCUCCCCUUAACUGGAGAUGUCAUCACUGCUUUUAGUAAAAUGAUGAGUGCACACCGUGGAGAGGUCAUCUGCUCCGUCACCACAGCUCAGCCUUUGGAUGCAGCCAGUCUUUCUGAUCUGAAAGUGGCUCUCAACGGCUUUCUUCAGAAGGGUGAAACUAUCAAGCUGGAAACAAAGUCGGAUCCUUCAAUCCUGGGUGGCAUGAUUGUCAGUAUCGGAGACAAGUAUGUGGACAUGUCCACCAAAACAAAGAUUCAGAAGCUGACCAAGCUCAUCAAGGAAACUUAAGUCCUGUGGACUUAAAUUUGCAAAAGAUUGGAGACGUCCAUCGGGGGAAAUGCUCAUAAAUGUAUAUUGCUACCUGCUCUAGCACUGCAGUUGCUCCAGUGUCUGUGCUUUAGUUCAUAUGGAUGUUAAUAAAAAUAAAGAACAAAAAUUGAG